GGCCACUGCCGGAAGUGAGUGUGCAUUUCCGGCGGCUGGGCGCCCGGCCUCCUGCUUGUGCGGCUUCUUGGGGUCACUGUUCAGUCGCUGCUCCCGCUUCCCACCCCGGCGCCGCCAUGAAGGACGUCCCGGGCUACCUGCAGCAGUCCCAGAGCUCGGGGCCAGGCCAGGCCGCCGUGUGGCACCGCCUGGAGGAGCUCUACAACAAAAAACUCUGGCACCAACUGACUCUCCAGGUUUUGGACUUUGUUCAGGACCCCUGCUUUGCCCAAGGAGAUGGGCUUAUCAAGUUAUAUGAGAACUUCAUCAGUGAAUUUGAACACAGGGUGAACCCUUUGUCCCUUGUAGAAAUUAUUCUUCAUGUAGUUCGACAGAUGACAGAUCCUAAUGUGGCCCUUACUUUUCUGGAAAAGACCCGAGAAAAGGUGAAAAGCAGUGAUGAAGCUGUGAUUCUUUGUAAAACAGCAAUUGGGGCUCUGAAAUUAAAUAUUGGUGACCUGCAAGUCACAAAGGAAACCAUAGAGGAAGUUGAGGAGAUGCUGAAUAAUCUGCCUGGUGUGACAUCUGUUCAUAGCCGCUUUUAUGACCUCUCCAGCAAGUAUUACCAGACAAUCGGGAAUCAUGCCUCUUACUAUAAGGAUGCUCUAAGGUUUCUGGGAUGUAUAGAUGUCAGAGAUCUACCAGUGGCAGACCAGCAGGAGAGAGCCUUUACAUUGGGCCUGGCAGGACUCCUUGGGGAAGGAGUCUAUAACUUUGGCGAACUGCUUAUGCAUCCAGUGCUGGAGUCUUUGAGGGACACUGACAGACAGUGGCUGAUUGACACUCUUUAUGCCUUCAACAGUGGCAAUGUGGAAAAAUUCCAGGCUUUGAAGUCAGCAUGGGGCCAGCAGCCAGACCUGGCUGCAAAUGAAGCUCUUCUGCUGCAAAAGAUCCAGUUGCUUUGCCUCAUGGAGAUGACCUUCACCCGACCAGCUAACCACCGGCAACUCACUUUUGAAGAGAUUGCUAAAAGUGCCAAAGUCACUGUAAAUGAGGUAGAGCUGCUAGUGAUGAAAGCGCUUUCAGUAGGUUUGGUAAAAGGCAGUAUUGACGAAGUGGACAAAAAGGUUCACAUGACUUGGGUCCAACCACGGGUGCUGGAUUUACAACAGAUAAAGGGCAUGAAAGACCGCCUGGAGUUCUGGUGCACAGAUGUUAAGAGCAUGGAGAUGUUGGUGGAGCACCAAGCCCAUGAUAUCCUAACAUAAAGGACUUUGCACUGGCUAAGGGAAUAUCUUGUGCUGUUCCUGAAAGUGGCAGUGCCUGACCACUGACUCUGUACUGAAUUCUAUUAAAAGGGGGGCUAGGGGAGGAGGGGGAAGAACUACUUUUCUGAUGCUUGUACAGAGGACUAAGUGGCCUUUGCUGUAUAACCCUUUGGUGCUUGGAGUCGGGAAUUCCCUCUUAAGCACUAGCAUUUUUAUUAGUGCUUUCCCAUCCUGUUGUCACCAAAGGGGGGAGCUGAGGACUCCAUAACAGUGGAUUAAUCAGUCUUGGUGUGAUGUUGCAGUGGAGGAUGCUGGGGGGACUAUGUGCUAAGGGGUGGAGGGCAUUGGUUCAGCAGUGGGAGGGCAGCAAGUCUUCCAUUUUGCAUUAAUUGUGCAGGAAAGAAAGGCCACCAUUGACAGAUAUGGGGGAGGAGAGUGUGACCUUCCCCCUGCCAGCCCAAAGGCAGCAUAACUGAGAAGACAUGCUUCUUUCCCCUUGCCUCCCCCCCUCCAUUUUUUCAGUAGAAGCUGCUCAAUCCCAUCAAUGUUUUCCAAGAAUAAAGUCAUACAUUUAAUGGAUUUGUUUUUAUAUUAUACUUGGGUUUGCUCUUGUCUUUUAUGAACAUUUAACCAGAAGUGUGAUGCAGGGGAAAAAAAACUGCUGGAAUAAACGUCUGCCUUCCCUCUU